CCCUCCGGCUCGCGGCGGAUUCGGCGCUGCGGCUGGAGCCGGCGGCCGGGUGGCUGCCUGUCCAGGCAGGGUCUGGCCGAGCCUCGCUUCGCCGUGCAGUGCUUCUGGUGUCCGGGAGAUGGCUUCCCCUCUCUCGCCCGCUGCUCCCGCUAUUGUCUCACCCGGGGUGGCCUGACUCUGCGAGCUCGCGCACGCUCUCGGUGGAGAGCACCCCUCCCCACCCCCCCAAGCUGGUCCUUGCCCUCUUUGCUACCUCUCCCUCUGCCCCUUCGAGCCUAGGGUCUGUGCGGAGCCUGGAGAGGGCAGCGGCCCGGGAGCAGGCGGCGUGCGGCCGGCCAGCUCCUCUCGCGCUGGUGCAAGAGGCGCCUGGAGCCGCAGAGCGAGCCCGUGAGGCGCGGAGCGAGCAGCCCACGUCGCCGGGCACAAGACACGUCGGGUGUUGCAGCAGAGCCAGCAGCUAGCGCAGAUGCCCAGACAGCAUGUCACAACCCUCCAGAACUGACGUUGGCAGGAAGUAGAGACUUCUUUGUCACCUGUGUCCCCGAUCCUCGCCAUGUCUUCGACUCAGGGCAAUGGGGAACACUGGAAAUCCCUGGAGUCGGUGGGCAUCAGCCGCAAAGAGCUGGCGAUGGCAGAAGCCCUGCAGAUGGAGUAUGAUGCCCUGUCCCGGCUCCGGCAUGACAAGGAGGAGAACAGAGCCAAGCAGAACGCAGACCCCUCUCUCAUCAGCUGGGAUGAGCCUGGGGUAGACUUCUACAGCAAGCCAGCAGGAAGGCGGACCGACCUCAAGCUGUUACGCGGUCUCUCUGGCUCUGAUCCUGCCCUCAACUACAACUCACUCUCCCCACAGGAAGGGCUGCCCAACCACUCUACCUCCCAAGGGCCCCAGCCUGGCCCAGAUCCCUGGCCCAAAGGCUCCCUGUCUGGAGACUACCUUUACAUUUUUGAUGGUUCAGAUGGGGGAGUUUCUUCAUCCCCGGGACCAGGGGACAUAGAGGGCUCUUGCAAGAAACUAUCCCCACCUCCUCUGCCUCCCCGAGCUUCUAUCUGGGAUACCCCUCCCCUGCCUCCCAGAAAGGGGUCCCCCUCAUCCUCCAAGAUCUCCCAGCCCAAUGACAUCAACACUUUCUCAUUGGUCGAACAGUUGCCGGGCAAACUGCUAGAGCAUCGGAUCCUAGAAGAGGAAGAGGUGCCGGGAGGUGGGGGUCAGGGGCGCCUACUGGGGUCUGUGGACUAUGAUGGUAUCAAUGAUGCAAUUACUAGGCUCAACUUGAAAUCGACCUAUGAUGCGGAGAUGCUGCGGGAUGCCACCAGGGGCUGGAAGGAGGGCCGAGGGCCCCUGGACUUCAGCAAAGACACCUCUGGAAAACCCGUGGCCAGGAGCAAGACUAUGCCCCCUCAGGUGCCCCCCCGCACCUACGCCUCCCGCUACGGCAACCGAAAGAAUACGACGCCUGGCAAGAACCGCCGGAUUUCUGCAGCCCCGGUGGGCUCCCGGCCCCACACCGUUGCCAAUGGCCAUGAGUUGUUUGAGGUCUCAGAAGAGAGAGAUGAGGAGGUUGCUGCAUUUUGCCACAUGCUGGAUAUCCUUCGAUCUGGCUCUGACAUCCAAGACUACUCCCUCACCGGCUAUGUCUGGAGUGCUGUCACCCCUAGCCCAGAGCACCUAGGGGAUGAAGUCAACCUGAAGGUGACUGUGCUGUGUGACAGGCUUCAAGAGGCACUCACUUUCACCUGCAACUGUUCCUCCACUGUAGACUUGCUUAUCUACCAGACUCUGUGCUACACCCAUGAUGACCUGAGGAAUGUGGACGUGGGUGACUUUGUGCUAAAGCCUUGUGGGCUGGAGGAGUUCCUGCAGAACAAGCAUGCCUUGGGCAGUCAUGAGUACAUCCAAUACUGCCGCAAGUUUGACAUUGACAUUCGGCUACAGCUGAUGGAGCAGAAGGUUGUGCGCAGUGAGCUGGCUCGGACGGUGAAUGAUGACCAGAGCCCUUCCACCUUGAACUACCUCGUCCAUCUCCAAGAGAGGCCCGUCAAGCAGACCAUCAGCAGGCAGGCCCUGAGUCUUCUGUUCGACACUUACCACAAUGAGGUGGAUGCCUUCCUGCUGGCUGAUGGGGACUUCCCACUGAAGGCUGACAGGGUGGUCCAGUCCGUCAAGGCCAUCUGCAACGCCCUGGCCGCCGUGGAAACCCCUGAGAUCACCAAUGCUCUCAACCAGCUGCCCCCCUGCCCCUCCCGCAUGCAGCCUAAAAUUCAGAAGGAUCCCAGCGUCUUGGCUGUGAGGGAAAACCGAGAGAAGGUCGUGGAAGCCCUGACCGCUGCCAUCUUGGACCUGGUGGAGCUGUACUGCAACACAUUCAAUGCAGACUUCCAGACGGCAGUGCCCGGGAGCCGCAAGCAUGACCUGGUCCAGGAGGCCUGCCAUUUCUCCAGGGCCCUGGCCUUCACUGUCUAUGCCACCCACCGCAUCCCCAUCAUCUGGGCUACCAGCUAUGAAGAUUUCUACCUCUCCUGUUCCCUCAGCCAUGGCGGCAAGGAGCUGUGCAGCCCCCUGCAGACCCGAAGAGCUCACUUCUCCAAGUACCUCUUCCACCUCAUCAUCUGGGACCAGCAGAUCUGCUUCCCAGUGCAGGUGAACCGGCUGCCUCGGGAGACCCUGCUGUGUGCCACUCUCUAUGCUCUGCCCAUCCCCCCACCGGGGAGCUCCUCAGAGGCCAACAAGCAGCGGCGGGUGCCUGAAGCCCUGGGCUGGGUCACUACCCCACUCUUCAACUUCAGGCAGGUCCUGACCUGUGGCCGGAAGCUUCUGGGUUUAUGGCCAGCAACACAGGAAAAUCCCAGUGCCCGUUGGAGUGCACCUAAUUUCCACCAGCCAGACAGUGUCAUCCUGCAGAUUGACUUCCCCACCUCGGCCUUUGACAUCAAGUUCACCAGCCCCCCUGGAGACAAGUUCAGCCCCCGCUAUGAGUUUGGCAGCCUCCGGGAAGAAGACCAGCGCAAGCUUAAAGACAUCAUGCAGAAGGAGUCCCUCUACUGGCUCACUGAUGCUGACAAGAAGCGCCUGUGGGAGAAGCGAUAUUACUGCCACUCGGAGGUGAGCUCGCUCCCCCUGGUGCUCGCCAGCGCCCCCAGCUGGGAGUGGGCUUGCCUGCCUGACAUCUAUGCUCUCCUGAAGCAGUGGACCCACAUGAACCACCAGGAUGCCCUGGGGCUCCUGCAUGCCACCUUCCCGGACCAGGAGGUGCGUCGUAUGGCCGUGCAGUGGAUUGGGUCACUCUCGGAUGCCGAGCUGCUGGACUACCUGCCCCAGCUGGUACAGGCCCUGAAGUAUGAAUGCUACCUGGACAGCCCGUUGGUGCGCUUCCUUCUGAAACGAGCUGUGUCUGACUUGAGAGUGACUCACUACUUCUUCUGGUUGCUGAAGGAUGGCCUCAAGGACUCUCAGUUCAGCAUCCGCUACCAGUAUCUGCUGGCAGCCUUACUGUGCUGCUGUGGCAAGGGGCUGAGAGAGGAGUUUAACCGCCAGUGCUGGCUUGUCAAUGCCCUGGCCAAACUGGCCCAGCAGGUCCGGGAGGCAGCCCCAUCUGCAAGGCAGGGAAUACUCCGCACGGGCCUGGAGGAGGUGAAGCAGUUCUUUACCCUCAAUGGCUCGUGCCGCCUGCCACUCAGCCCCAGUCUGCUGGUUAAGGGAAUCGUGCCCAGGGACUGUUCCUACUUCAACUCCAAUGCUGUCCCCCUCAAACUCUCCUUCCAAAAUGUGGAUCCCCUGGGUGAGAACAUCCGUGUCAUCUUCAAGUGUGGGGACGACCUUCGCCAGGACAUGCUGACGCUGCAGAUGAUUCGCAUCAUGAGCAAGAUCUGGGUCCAGGAGGGGCUGGACAUGCGCAUGGUCAUCUUCCGCUGCUUCUCCACUGGCCGGGGCAGAGGGAUGGUGGAGAUGAUCCCUAAUGCUGAGACCCUGCGUAAGAUCCAGGUGGAGCAUGGGGUGACCGGCUCAUUCAAGGACCGGCCCCUGGCAGACUGGCUGCAGAAACAUAACCCUGGGGAGGACGAGUAUGAGAAGGCUGUGGAGAACUUUAUCUACUCCUGCGCUGGCUGCUGCGUGGCCACGUACGUCUUGGGCAUCUGUGACCGACAUAACGACAACAUCAUGCUGAAGACUACUGGUCACAUGUUCCACAUUGAUUUUGGCCGCUUCCUGGGCCAUGCCCAGAUGUUUGGCAACAUCAAGCGGGACCGUGCCCCCUUUGUCUUCACCUCGGACAUGGCGUAUGUCAUCAACGGGGGUGACAAGCCUUCCAGCCGCUUCCAUGAUUUUGUUGACCUUUGCUGCCAAGCCUACAACCUCAUUCGCAAGCACACCCACCUCUUCCUCAACCUUCUGGGCCUGAUGUUGUCCUGUGGGAUCCCUGAGCUCUCAGACCUGGAGGACCUCAAGUAUGUGUACGAUGCCCUGAGGCCUCAGGACACAGAGGCCAAUGCCACUACCUACUUCACUAGGUUGAUUGAGUCCAGCCUGGGCAGUGUAGCCACAAAGCUCAAUUUUUUCAUCCAUAAUCUGGCUCAGAUGAAGUUCACGGGCUCAGAUGACCGGCUGACCCUCUCCUUUGCCUCCCGAACACACACUCUCAAGAGCUCUGGCCGAAUCAGUGAUGUUUUCCUCUGCCGCCAUGAGAAAAUCUUCCACCCCAACAAAGGCUAUAUAUAUGUGGUAAAGGUGAUGCGAGAGAACACUCACGAGGCCACCUAUAUCCAGCGGACCUUUGAGGAGUUCCAGGAAUUACACAAUAAGCUGCGGCUGCUCUUCCCUUCUUCCCACUUGCCCAGCUUCCCUAGUCGCUUCGUGAUCGGCCGCUCCCGGGGAGAGGCGGUGGCCGAGCGGCGGAGGGAGGAGCUAAACGGUUACAUCUGGCACUUGAUCCACGCAGCCCCUGAGGUGGCCGAGUGUGAUUUGGUGUACACCUUCUUCCACCCACUGCCUCGGGAUGAGAAGGCUAUGGGCACCAGCUCAGCUCCUAAGUCCUCAGAUGGCACGUGGGCCCGGCCCGUCGGAAAAGUGGGAGGGGAGGUGAAGCUGUCCAUCUCCUACAAAAACAAUAAACUCUUCAUUAUGGUGAUGCAUAUUCGGGGCUUGCAACUGCUCCAGGAUGGAAAUGACCCUGACCCCUAUGUGAAAAUUUACCUCCUUCCUGACCCUCAGAAAACCACUAAGAGGAAAACCAAAGUGGCCCGGAAAACCUGCAAUCCUACCUACAAUGAGAUGUUGGUAUAUGAUGGGAUCCCCAAGGGAGACCUGCAGCAGCGGGAGCUCCAGCUGAGUGUGCUGAGUGAGCAGGGAUUCUGGGAGAACGUCCUCCUCGGUGAGGUGAACAUCCGCCUGCGAGAGCUGGACCUGGCUCAGGAGAAGACCGGCUGGUUUGCAUUGGGAUCUCGAAGCCAUGGCACCUUGUGAGCCCAGCAGAGCCAGUACCCAGGAUCCCAGGCUGGUGGUGGGAGCUGGAGGAGAGGACUCUCCCCUGCGAGACUCUUCCUUGUGAAGGGCCAGGGCCCUGGGCGGGCCCCCUGCUCGGUCCAGGUGAUUCUGGCCUCUGUAGUAGGAGGCAGGGAGAGUAAGACAUGCUCUGCUGUCUCUUCCUCUGGAGACUGAACUGGGUUGGUUGUGAUGAGCAGCCCUUUGGAGGCUGUGAGGUUGCAGCAAAGUUUUAAGUUUACCUUGUGUCAAGGGAGCAAUGCUUGGUUUGGGGAGUGUAUGGGGUGGGCUGUAUGAAGUAGCAUUUUGGGGGUGGGUGGGCAGAUAUCUUUAUUUUUAUUUUUAAAAAAUGAAAUAGUGAUGUUGUCCUAACUGGGACAGGAAGCCUUGCGAGAAGGGACAUACCUAUGCCCCAGAAGGCAAGAGAGGAAGACUAUUUGGACUUUUUGUAUGAUUAAGGUUCUUAUUGGACUUUCCCCUAGGUUUUUUUUUUUUUGUUGUUGUUGUUUUGUUUUCUAGCUAUAGGAACUAUUAGGGGAGGGGCCCAGUGGGUCCUCGGCCAGAGCCCUCUCUAAGGACAGGUUGGGGCAGGCUGGGGAGGGCUGCCUGUGCUGGACUGAGGCUUGCGCCACUGGGCCUUUCUGAUUUUGCCUCCAAAGGAGAGCGCUGUGAUACCUACAUGUGUAAGGAAGGGCCUUCCGUAUUGGGGUUCUGCCAAGGACCCGUAUUCAGGGACCCAUGCUCUUUUUGGGGGACUUUUCCUUUUGUCUUCCCUACUUUAUUAGGACUUGCCCUGAAUACCAUUUUCUACUCCUUGCCCCUUCAUUCUCCCGGCCCUUCUGGGGGUCAGCUGGUCUCUAUGAAUAGGCUGGGGGUGCUUCCCCAUAGGUCUCUCCCUUCAUUUCUCUCUGGUGGGACAAAAUGCUGACUUAGUCCUUAGAUGUAGUUUCACCCAAGAGCAUCUUGGCCCUAGGAAGAGGUCCCUGGGCUGCAGAUGCCACUGUGACUGCUUGCUAGGUAGCCUCUGGAAAGCAUUCACCAUCCAUCACUCCCCACUUCUUUCUGCUGUGCUGCUUCCUUCCCAAACUCCAUUUCUGUCACCCUUUUUAUGAGACUUUUCCUCAUUCUGUGGGGCCAUAAACCUAUUUAGUCUGGAGCCAAAGGGAUGCCCUAUCUGAAGGAAAGGAGCAUGGGGUGGGGGAUUCCAUCAAAACUGUUAUUUUUUGCCCCAUGAUUUUUCUUUGGUCAGUAGGAGGCUGGACUGGAGUGGUGAUUAUUCCCCUGGAGCUAAGCUCAGGAGCCCAAAGGGAGAGACUGAGACUGAGUCUCUUAUCUCUUCAUAUUCUUUAUUCCCUACCAGAUGGUGUUUUUUUUUUUUUUUAAUUUUUUUUGGAGACAGAGUCUCGCUCUGUCACCAGGCUGGAGUGCAGUGGCAUGAUCUCGGCUCACUGCAACCUCUGCCUCCCAGGUUCAAGCGAUUCUCCUACCCCAGCCUCCUAAGUACCUUGGAAUACAGGCAUGCACCACCACGCCCAGCUAAUUUUUUGUAUUUUUAGUAGAGAUGGGGUUUCACCAUGUUGGCCAGGCUGGUCUCGAUCUCUUGACCUCGUGAUCUGCCUGCCUCGGCCUCCCAAAGUGCUGGGAUUACAGGUGUGAGCCACCGCGCCCGGCCCCAGAUGGAUUUUACAUUUGCUCUUUUGUGUUUCACUCCAAAGGGUUGUCUUCCUUGCCAAAAAGAGGGAGGGACUUGGAAUUUGAUAUUAACUUUUAAAACCAGAAGCGGCUGGAUAUUUCCCAUGAUUGGGAAAAGAGUGAAAUGAGGACAUUCUGUAAACUGUCCCUCCCUAAUUCCAAGGAUCAGAAACUCCCCGUUUUGCUGACUCAUUCCAUAACUGGAGAAAGAAGCUCCAUUGACCGAAGCCACAGGGCAGCACGGAAGUUUAAAUUUUCUCUAAAAUUAAAAUGUCAAGGAUAAAGCUGGCUGCUUCCGGUGGGGGGAAGGGGAGUGGGGAGUGGGUGGUGAAACUUUUCCAGAUGAACGGACCAUAAAUGUGUUACUGGCUCUGUGCCUGUAGCUCAUUUUAUUAUGACCCUGUAUGCUCCUGAUUUAAAGAGAUCUGUGUACUGUUUACUUCCCACUUCCCAGAGUCCCUUGUAUCUCCUUUCUUGGGAAUUGUAUUUUCUAAUAAAUGACAUUUGAGAAAAAAAUGAAA